AUGUCGCACAUCACAGAACACCCUUCUCGGGCAAAGAGAAGGAAGAUUGAUGACCCCAAAUCUGCAGAGCAGAAGACUGUCACAUCAAAUAUCACAUCAGCUGCCCAGUUGCGCGAACUGUUGGCCGUCCAGCAAAAUGCCCCGUUGGCAAAGCAAGGCAUAAUCAAGUUCAAGGAAUUCCUGAUCUCAAUCGCACACGCGGAGAACCAGAACGAGAAAGGGGAGAAAUUGCGUGUCCUCAAGAGUUAUUGCGAUAAGCAAAUUACGAACUCCGGAAAGGAGGAUGAGACCUCAGUCUGCUUUCCGGACCUGAUUCAAUCUUGGACCUUCGGUGAUGGGAACAACAAUGAGCCUUUAUUGACCAGUGUGCCUUCCGUUCUCGCGAUCUUCCUCAAGACCAUUUCCUCGGAACUGGAAUUCCGGGAAUUCGGAAUCGCCCUGUGCAAGCAUCUGUUGCAGAAGGAUCAACUGAGAUUGUUCAAUCGCGGAUUGACAGCGACUAAGUCCAAAGAGCAUUUGAUCUCGCCGUGUUUGCGCCUGCUCACGGAGAUUGUGACUUUUGACGGAGGAGCAGUGGCACGACAGCUAUAUCUUCGCCGCUACAUCACCUUCAAGCGAUUGGAGGUCUUCUUGGUCCCCAAUAAAGCACAGGAGAUCUCCGAGGAUGAGUCGCACAAGUCGACACUCAGACGUAACGCCCAGCGGUAUCUGCUAGCAAACCUAAGAGUGCAGCAUGCCUCCGAGAAAGGCGAUAUCAUUGAACAGCACAAGAUUACCAGGUCUUUCCUCGAAUACGUCCGAAAGGAUUCGCGUGAAACGGUUCUGGAAAUCAUCAAAGCUAUUGAGAGGGAUGUGGUACAGGAUGCCGCUUUGUCGCGCAAAUCGAAGAGCAAGUUCUUCAACCGACACAAUCUCGAACGAUUGGUUACGCUUUAUGGCUACGAUCGAGAGUCAGAGGAACCUAAUGAUGGCGGCGGCGUCGUCAUCGCCAAUGAGAUUCAUCGAGUCAUGAUGAACGUCUGCAAGACUGCCGGCUUUGGCGUUCUAUUGCCCGAGACAGGCUGGUAUCCAGCUGGAAGCGACCCCGAGGCCCUCACCGCUGAUGAUGAUGCAUGCAUUGAAUUGGGCCUCGAUUCACCCGUCUACAUCGACAAAUACCGAGACAACAUUCCCGUGAGAAACGGUUCACUUUCCUUCCUCAUCCAGUGCCUUCGGCCUGAUGUGGACAGUCUUCAGAUCGAACUGCUCGUUACAAUCUUCAAGGUGGCACCUGAGCUCAUCGCGGACUAUUUCACGAGGAAAACUAUGUUCAUUUCAGACCCUAAGGCUACCCCUUCAUGGAUGGCCGAGUCGGCUUUCCUCUUCUCUACAGUGCAGUUGCCUGUCCCAGCUAACUUUGGUUGGAAGGAAAAGCAGCCAAUCCUGCCACCGCCUGUUUCCAUUGUCAUUGAAAAUAUUCUGCCUCGUCCUCUCGGCCAGAAGAUUAUGACCCGCUGCCUCAACCAAAAUGCGGAGAUCAUCACCUUGUUCGCUGUCCGCAUCCUGACUCUUGCGUUUACUAAGCUGCGGACUGUUCUCAAACUUUUCCAGGCAGAUCACGGCCAAGGUCAAUUAUUUUGGAAUCAGGCUUCUGCGAAAUUAUUAACAGAGUUCUCUCGACGAUGCCCUGCAAUCAAGGAUGUCGUUCUCUUGUUCCGCAGAACCGGUAAGGAAGAUCUGACUCAACAGGAGGCUGUGGCAGAACUCUUGACAUGUUACUAUGAAGUAAUGCCGGACAUCGCUCUGGAGGAGAACUUCGAUGUCUCGCUCGUCUUGGUGGAUGUGCUUAAGCGACUAGAAGCACCAGACGUUAGCGCAGAUGACUCCGAGUCGCUACUGAGUCAAUUGCAGAGCAUCCUCCAGAUCGCACAACAAUCCGCUUCACUGAGGUGGUGGCAAAAACCAGCAUCCAUGCAAUAUUCACCCUUCACGUCGAUCCUCAAGGUUCUGAUGGGAACUUCGGACAAAGACUCUUCGCGCAGCAUCUCUACUCUUCUCAAAACCGUUCUAGUGGAAAACUCCGUCUUGCAGAGCUCCCCGUAUGCAUUUGUGUCUAUUUUGUCCAGUCUUGAAAAUUCCGAGGGAGAUGCUUUGCAUCAGCAGCUGGUCUUCUUCGACAACUGUGCCUCGCGUGUCGCUAAAAAGCCUGUCCACUAUCUGGAUAUGCUAGAGUCAUUAUCCGGGGAUGCGUCUGAAACUGCUAGCGCUCUUGUUGUUGUCAUUGUUGAGCAAUGGCCGUUUGUCGUCAAGAGCGGCGAUGCAUCCACAGAAGCUGCUGUUGGAGCUUGGAUCGCAAGCCUUCUGGGUAAUCUUAAACAAGCGGGCGAGAGCACGAAAAUACUUAAGGCUGCGCGGGAUUCAUUGGUGGAAGCUACCGAGACCAAGAAAACCAGAUCCCUUCUCAAGAAGUCUCUGAAAGAGGUGGAGGAUGCCGAAAUUGAGGACAGAAUGGAUAUCGACUCUGACUCGAAAACCCCCAUUUCGUCCAACAAAGCCCCCACCGUUGAUCUCGAUGAGAUCUUUGGAUUCCUCCCCGCGGAGGGCACUACGCAUAAUGCUCUCCACAAAUGGGAACGGGAGGACCUUGACGAAGCAGUCGACCAGGGCCACAUUGCCGAGCUGAUGCUUUGCUUAUGUUCUCAACACGAAGAAGUUCGGAGGCAGGCCUUUUCCGCCAUUAUCCGCUUCAUGUCCAAACUGAAGGAAUCAACCUACGCAGAAUGGCGCACCAUUUUCACUCUCUCUGGAGAACUUCUUGAAACAGUCAACAAAAUCGGCAUGGAGAAACCUGUCCCAUGGAUAGUUGGCGAGUGCGCCGCAAACUGCCUGGCGGUUCUUACGGACCCCCUGCACAAGGUCUACGGCAAGGUCAACAAGUUCCUGCAGAAGGCACCGAUGUGGGAGGUUGAGAAGAUCCCUACAUAUUGGGUUGACAGGAUCCUGCUUCACGAGCCAGAGUUGGACGACGGAUACUUCGAGGAGAUCGACUGGCUGCUGAACCUGUUUGUCAAGGCUCUCCGUACAGAGGCUGAUAUGGAGGUCUACCGCCGCGCCAACGUCUUCGAACGUAUUCUUUCCCUCUACCAGUCCCCAUCCCUCGGCCCAGCAGCUCGUCGAAAGAUCCUGCACAUUGUCUACCGCGCCGCUCAGGUAGGUGGCAGCACUACCUUGAUCACCCGUUCAGGUGUCAUCAGUUGGAUCCAGAUCCAAGCCGCAGAGGCGAACGCAAAGGAGGCUGCUCUGCUCGCGGCACUUGCGCGUAAGCUAUAUGAGACUUGCGAUCGGGAGCGCGUUGAUGGAUGGAGUAAUGGAACCCUUGGACGGGUCGUUGAUGAAAUUCAGGCGCAUGUUUGA